AUGCGGCGGCUGACAACUGCGACAUCUGCGUCGCGCCUGUCGCGUCUGUUCCAGCAGCAGCCCAUUGAGGAACUGCUGGAGCUCCGAAGCAUUGUAGCUGUUCAGGACCUCGUAGCGAAGAUCUCGGAUGACCCUGUCCCGCGCCGUCUAAACGAGAACAAUGCAUACGUUCAGUGGGUCCAGACGCAUCGCAGCAGCCAGUCUUUGACGGGGCAGAUGGACAAGACAGCCUUUGACGCGUUUGUUAAGGACGUCAGUGUCUACCUCCAGACUAUAGAAGCGGAGGCGUGGCAGGAAUGUGGCAAGAUUGGACCGAUGGAAGAGGAAGAACUCGGGGGUCACAAAGCGGACGAGUUUGUUGAGGCAGUGAAGCUGAAGAUGGCAAGACACAUGUGCACGCAGACUGCAAUGAGCUUUGAGCUGUUGGACAAGGACAAAGACGGAAAGGUUUUUGUUGACGAGGUCACGAAAUUGCUGCAAGUUGUUGCGCACGGUAACGGAACGAAAUGGCUGAAGAGCCAGUUUGACUUGUACGACGCAGACGGCGACAAUGUUGUUGACGAAGCCGAGUCAAGGCUCAUUUUAGAUUCCAUGAUUACGACGCAAAAGGCGGUGAUGGCCGAUAUUUUUGCGACUCGCGUGAACAAUAUGCCGAAGAAGCACGAGAAACUGUUUGCCAAAAGUGUGAAAGAAGAGGAUUUCCGAUCCAAGAUUCCAGAGAAGGUGCGAUGCGUGUUCCACUUUGCUAACAAGUUGGACAAGGAGCGCAAAACAUACGACUGGGAGCUUUUCGAGGAUUCGCAGAGAGCUGAGUUUCCUGAAUUGCAUAACUUGCUCACCGUCUACGCAAAGGGCUUCUAUACCGAUAGAUUCAUGUUCUACGAGCGCAAGCAGGAGAGACGAAGCACGCGGUACAAGGGCCUUCUGCUUGCAGCUGCCAUUGGUAUGGGCGACUACAUCGCUGCCAUGAUAUAG